AUGUGGUGGAGUACUUCUUUCACCAGAUUGGGUUGUAACCUCAGCACAAUAAAAGGUAUCAAUAGUCAUAUCUUAAUUUUAUUAACACAGUCCAUUACUUUAUUUGCAACUGGACUGAAUGGAACUAACUCUAAACAAACAAUAUCUGUAAAAGCUACAUACAUACAUCCUACAUAUGAAGCUUACUCUGAUCCUCCUGAUCGAGAUUAUAAUAUAGCUCUUUUGAAACUUACAAAACCAUUUAAUAUAUAUCAUAAUAAAAUAAUUCUACCUAAUAUUGUACCUGUCAAAUAUAAUGAUAAUUACAAAUUAUGUCUAAUAUUUGGAUGGCAAAGUUAUGUUUCACCAUCUUUAAAAGUUCUGGCUAAACCAAUUCAAUAUCAUGAAGUAUUUCUUAAUUCCUGGAAAAUGUGUACAUACAUGAUAAAAACAUAUACAAAUUAUACAAAUUUAUUUUGUACAAUGGUUGAAUAUAAAGAUGAAAUUAUAGCUUGUGCUGGUAAUCCUGGUUCUCCAGUUGUAUGUGAAAAUCAAAAUCAUGAGAUAGCUCUAGUUGGAAUUGCAUCUUGGACAAACUUUUCUUUAGAAUGUGGAGAUCUUCCAACAUAUAUUGAUCUUGGUUCAUUUCGGACAUGGAUAAAUGAUUUAGUUUUUAGUAACAAGGAUUCAAAAGAAUGGAAAAAUAAUAGUUUUACAGAAAACAUUCGUAUGCACAGAUGUUUGUGGAAUUAUUCAGACUUAUUACAAACUGAUUCAGAAAUAAAUCAUUUGUUAAACAAUUCAAAGAAUAUAUCUCGAAUGAUAAUAAAUUAUCAAAAUUCAUCUUCAAAAAGUAUGGCUAAAUUUUAUGUUUAAACUAAAUUAUAAUUUAUUUUCAAUAAUUGUAAUGAUAUAAAGUCAUCUUUUUCUAAUAGUUAUUAUAAAAUGUCUUACAUAGAUAUAGCAAAAGAAACAAGUAAUAUUACUUAUAGAUAUAAAGAAAUUGGAAAUUCUGAAGAUAAUAGUCAAAGUCACAUAUGGAAUUUAAAUAAAAAAAAACAAUUUAGUACUAUAAAUAAAUCAUUAUUAUGCAAUAAUCGGCAAUUUCAUAAAGACAUGAUAAAAGGAUACAACAAUCAAGUAGAUAUAGAUGAUGUUGAAUUAUUAUUACCAUUUAAUUUUGAAGAAAUAAGUUCCUCCUAUUCAUGUAAUAUUAUGAUAUAUCCUAAAAAACUAUAUCUAUUCUAUUAUUUUAUAUUUUGGAAUGUUUAUAUUAUUAUU